GGACGCGGAUACUUUUCCUUUUUUUAAUCCCCGUCUGGAGUUCUGGACUGGUGGGAGAAGAAACGGAGGAACUAUAAAGUUGGAGCAGCGCUUGUUGUUAGAAGAAGCUGUGUGGCCGUGCGACGUCUUCUUAUGCGGAAUCCUGCUCAGGGUACCGAGGCAGCAGUUUGCACCGUAAAUCUUUUUGCGGUGUUUUUUGCGACUGACAAAGGGAGGAAACAAUACUGAAACGACGUUGAAUGUGCAGCCUCAUCAAGGAAGAAGGAAAGACAUGCGAAAAAGCCUUUGUACAAGAACCAGAAAAUAAAGAAAGAACAAAUCUCAAUCAGUGGAUAAUUAAAAUACAACAUGAGAUCACAGAAGAAACAGAGAGGACGCUCUCCGCUGUCCACACGGGGAAAAGGCAGGAGAAAACAAGACAAACAAACCCGACAGUCCCAAGCCACACCUGCUGUCGUGUCAUCUCGUAAGCAUACUCCAUCCAAGCUGGACACCUCUGAAGGGAAAAAGAGCAACGCCUCAAGGAAGGAUGGGCUGAAAGGGCAGAUAAAAGGACUGUCUGUAGAGGUGGAUCAAUCUGAGCAGGUUGUAGUCAGGGUCAACAAAAUGACUUGCCCUAAAAACCCUAACUCCAGCAUGCACAGUAUAACUGUGACAGACAAUGCAGCCAGCAACCCUCUCGCAAACAGCACAGCCAGCAGCCCCCUUACAAACAGCACAGCUAGCAACUCACUUAACCCAAGCACAGUAGCCAACGGCUUAACCAAAAGCAGCUCCGUCACCUCCAACCACAGUCCCACCACACCCUCCAGUCGAAAAACUGCUACCUUCAAAGCCAGAGUGCCCAAGAAAAAGUACAUGUAUGAACAUGGAGCCAUCAGCACGUAUCCUAUUAGUCUGACCCCAGUACCUUCACUCACACUCCUUAACAGCAAUCAUCUCAGUACCCUUUCUAACUCCAUAUCCACGAAUAGCCACCCUGCAGCCAGCAACCACAGCAACACUCUACUUAAAGUAGACGAAGUUGCUAUAUCUACUGACAAGAGAAGCAAACCAUUAGCCAGCAAUGGGACAAGCACAGAUUCCUCAAAACUGAAUUGUGUGGCUUGGGGAGAAGGAGUCGCCAAAGCUGAAGUGCUGCCUGAAGUGUCGUCUGAAGGAGAAAGGGUGGCAGCACAAGAGGAUGCAGAUGCAUAUGGAGAGGGUACCCCAAAUUCAGCCCGUUCGUUCUCCACAGACACAGCCAGUGAACACUGUACAGAUUUGGAGGUGCUGGAGUCGUCAUGUGUGCACUCAAAUAUAGGCAUUGCUUCAAGUGUAACAAGAAGUCCACUACCAGUAAACCAAGCCCCAACCCUCCCUCCGCUCCUCACCACAAAUGACCAUUUUGAGCAAGAUGGCUUUUCAGGAAUAGCCGACGCACUGGCUAAAGGACUUAAGAAUCAGCGAGUGCUAGUUCGGCAUCAGCGAACAAAGGAGGGGAUGGAGGGAGAAGAGGGAAUUAAGGAAUGUGUGUUUAUCUGCGGUGUGGUACGAGGGGCUACAAAAGAGCAACUGAUUGUAGAACUGCAGAUUAAUGGGGAGGAAACACAGCUCUUGUUUCCAUUCCAUGCAUUAGUAAGUCGUCCACACCAAACUAUUGACCUCAUCUUAGACGCCCCCCCACCGGGCAGUGACCCUGUGGAAGUUGGGACGCGUGUUUGUGUGCCUUAUGGGGGAGAUAAGGGGAAGGAGUGGUACAGGGAAGGAAUGGUGUCACAGUUGGAUUCCCAUCCAGCUGUUGCUUGCCCCUACAGGGUGUUACUGCAGGAAGAAAAAAAUCAUAGGAAGUCAGGGAACAACAUAGAUGAGGCACAGCAGAGAACUGGUGUUCAGGCUGUAUGGGUUUCCCGGCAGAACCUGCGCCUUAUUGUUCCACCCUGGGAAGGGGAUGGCCAAGAGAGGGAACGAGACAGGGAAGAGAUGGAGGUGGAGAGAGAGGUAUGCCAACUUAGUAGGGGAAUGGGUUUUGGAGGUGCAGAGCCUUCAAGGUUCUCAACUCCUGACAUUGGGACUAAGCAGCAUGAGGGUACCUUACCUUCUUCAUCUUUAACUUUACCUACAGUUUUGAUAGUAAGCAAUCAGCCGAGUGUAGUUUGCAGAAGGGAGAGUCAAAGGUCUGAGGACACGGAAAGAGAAAGAGCUAGAGAAAGAGAGAGGGAGAGGAAACAACUGCAGACUCCAGAAGUUGACUUGGAAGUUUUAAGACUUAAUUUGGCACCUCUUAGAGAUCCAGGAGGAACACUGGUUUCAGAAGUGCCCAAAGCAAUUGGUUUGAACCAACACAGGGAGAUCCUCUCUAAGCCUACCGGAUUCUCAGGCCCUGUCUCAAUGGUGCAAAGCUUGUCAAGCACAUCCGUGGGUACCCACUUGUCUGGUCCACCCUCAGGAAGUCCUCAGCCACCUCCUUCACCAGCUUUUGUAGGCGCCGAUGGAGCUCUCUCACACCUGCACAUUUCGACUGUUGCCCCGUCACCCAGCUCAAAACGUGCUCUUACCCCCCUGGACAAGACCCCAACUGCUUCACAGACUUCCACUCCUGUCCCAGGGAGUUCCGGUUCAUCUUCUGCCUCUUCCUCACGUUCACGGACUCCACUUUCCAUUGCCCAACAAAAGUAUAAGAAGGGUGAUGUGGUGUGUACACCAAAUGGUAUUCGCAAGAAAUUCAAUGGGAAGCAGUGGCGCCGCUUGUGUUCCAAGGACAGUUGCAUGAAAGAGUCCCAGCGGAGAGGCUACUGCUCCCGACAUCUCUCCAUGCGCACCAAAGAGAUGGAGGCAGCCAGUGGAGAGAGGGGGAGCAGGGGAGGAGGGAGCAGCUCAGGGACUGCAACCCCUUCAGAUUUGCGAGGUCGAGCCAGCAGCGAGUUCGACUGGGAGGAGACAUCACGGGACAGCAGUGAGACCAGCAGCCGGGGAACUGACUCACGACCACGUCUAGUUCUGCCCUCACUGCUGCCACAGGAUUUCUCUCGCUUUGACUUUGAUGAAUGUGAGGCUGCUACUAUGCUUGUGUCUUUGGGAAGCUCACGGUCAGGAACACCCUCGUUUUCACCUAUAUCAAACCAGUCACCAUUUUCACCAGCACCCUCUCCAUCUCCCUCUCCACUCUUCGGCUUCCGCCCUGCAAACUUUAGUCCAAUCACGACGGUGACGGUCCUGCCCCCUCGCCGCCACCAACAUACCAGUGGCACAAGCACUGGCACUUCCAAACUUGCCACCCCAAUGGUAGAGAAGGAGCCUGACAGACUUGUGCCUGGCAUUGUACCUUCUUUCCAAACAAGUCUAACCUUCACUGUGCCUGUAAGUCCCAACAAGCGUAAAUCAGAUGCCCCACAUCCUCCACCAUCUGCAGUGCAAGGUAGCUCCAAAUCUACUUUGGAGCAAAGCAAGGCAGAUCCCUCAGUAGGCACCUCCUUUCGAGUACUUUCUCCUACCUCUAAUUUCUCUCGUUGCCAAAGGCCGCCAUCAUCGGCGGCCUGUUCCCCACCACCCUCUCCUUUAACUUUAGAAUCAGGCUCACAACGUCCAGUUUCUCAGCAGUCACUCAGCAGGGACUCUCCUGUAAUCGUACGAAAUCCUGAGAUUCCUCUAGCGAAAUUUACUGAACGACCACUUGCUAGAGUUGCAGAUGACAGCGGAGCCAACUCCAAGGAGAACAACCAAGCUGGUGUUCAGACUGCUUCAGGCUUGCAGGUGCCUGUUCCCAUUAACGCAGCUGCUUCCAACAAUGGAGCAGUCUUGUUGCACAGCCCUUCUUCAACUCUUGUUCUGGUGUCUUCCAUCUCUUCCCUGCCAAACCCUGACCCUACAAGCCUCACAUCCCAGUCCAGCCCUGCCUUGGCCUGCAUAUCAGUGCCCAGCCCCACUCCAGAGUCUGCCUCCUUUGGUUCAGGAGGUGGAGGAGGACAGGAUAAGGGCGGAAUAACAACGUUGCAGCAGCCAGUUCCGUGCCAUCCUGCCCCCACAGCUUUGUUACCACUUAUACUUCCAGCAGAGACUCUGCACCCGGUGCCAUGUAAAGACAUCAUCAUGGGAAGACCAGGCACUGUGUGGACUAAUGUGGAGCCCAGAUCGGUUCCAGUGUUUCCUUGGCAUUCAUUGGUCCCUUUCCUGGCGCCCACCCAAUCAGAUCCGUCGGCGCAGCUUGGUGAAGGCCAGCAGCCUGUCAGUCAUUCGCAGGCUGGCACACUGAAGAAAGAAUCGCUGGGAGGGUCAGUGCUGAAGGAGACGGCAGAGGGAGCGUCAAAUCCCCCCUCCCGGACAGCCAUUGACGACCUUCCCCCAGAGAGGGAGAGAGAGCCGGAGAGAGAGAGACCAGACAGCGAGACGGAGAGUGACGUGGAUGAUCCGUUUUUGCCAGGUGUCCUCCCUGAUCCACCGAUCUCAGCAUCUCCAGGAAAGCGGCGUUCUCAGUCUCUCAGUGCUCUGCCUAAAGAUGACAAGAAUAGCCCUGGAAAGAGGGAGAAGGAUCAUAUCCGGAGGCCAAUGAAUGCCUUCAUGAUCUUCAGUAAGCGACACCGUGCCCUAGUCCACCAGAGGCACCCUAAUCAGGACAACCGGACCGUUAGCAAGAUUCUGGGAGAGUGGUGGUACGCUCUGGGACCCAAAGAGAAGCAGAAAUACCAUGAUCUUGCAUUCCAGGUUAAGGAGGCACACUUUAAGGCUCACCCAGACUGGAAGUGGUGUAAUAAGGACAGGAAGAAGUCGAGCAGCGAGGGCCGUAACAUGCCUGGAGGAAAGGACAUCAGAGAGAGGAGCAUGUCUGAGACCACAGAGCCUCCCUCUGUGACCAUGGGUGCCGAGCUUAAAGGGGUGGUGCCUGGAGUGGUGGGCGUGUCCGAGCGCGGAGGAGGGGAGGGCCAUGCUCGUCCCCGGGCUUUUUCCCAGAGUGCAAUGCACAGCCUGGAGAGGAGCGAGCGUGGGAACCCUCAGGUGUUGGCAGAGCUCGCCCAGAUGUGUGGGGACGGUGGCCAGUUCUCGAGCCGUGCUGCUCUCUCUCAGGUCCAGAGGGGAGUCAGUGAAGAUAUGACCAGCGAUGAUGAGCGCAUGGUCAUCUGUGAGGAGGAGGGGGAUGAUGAUGUCAUUGAGGACCCGUAUCCAGGCAGCUCUAUAGACCUGAAGUGUAAGGAGAAAGUGACGGACAGUGACAGUGAAAACGGAUCCGGGGAUGAAGGAGAACGCAAGAGGGUCUUUGCGCCAGUGAUUUGCUCGACCUCAUCAGGGCCGGGUCACGGCCGCAGCGUGUCUCUGUCGUCCUACCCGUCGUCCAGACACUUCUCUGACUCUGUCUCCAAGAGGAAGCGAGGCAUGGACGGAGCAGAGGGUGAGCGUAAGGAUGCUGACGGAGGGGCGUCUCACUCCUCUGUCCCCCUGUCUUCCUCAGGCCAGUCUGUGCUGGUCAGUUCAGGCGGUGGCAGCACUGGCGUGUCCUCAGUGUUGGGUCUGGGAGCGCUGAGGGUGGCGUCCACAGUGGUCACCAAUGUAGUCCGUCCCGUCGUCAGCACGCCGGUGCCCAUCGCCAGCAAGUCGCCUCACGACAGGAAAGCCGCCGCCCCUCAGACCCAGCUUUUGAUUGGUUCUGGAGCAGCUGGAGGCGGUGCCACAGGAGGGAGUGGGUACUACACUUCGUCCUCGCCUAGUCCCGUGACUGCAGGGGGGGCUAGUCAAGGUUUGGUGACCAAUCUAGUUUUGGGCAGUCCCUUUCAGGCUCCACCCGCUGUGCAGCUAAUCACGCCCCCUCCUCCUCCCCCUCAAAACCCAGCAUCUCCCGCUAUGCCCGUUCAGAGCAACGGACCCAUGCCUGUGCCUCUGCUGCAGCCGCACAUUCUGCCCACCGCCUCCCUAGCGCCCCCCACUGGCCAAAAACCCAUCACGCAAGUUCAGUACAUCCUCCCCACGCUCUCUGCCAACAACCCUAAAAGCCCCUCCCCUCAGCAGCCCAGCCAGCCAACCAGUGUCUUCACCCUGCCCACAGCUCCACCCACGCUGGCCAAUGGGAAGCAGUCGGGAUACGCCUCCACAUCAGCAGUGGGUGUGGUCAGCCCUGGAACGAGAGUGCAAACGCAGUCCCCAGUCUUACAGGGUAAGAUGCUGGUUCCCAUGGCAACAGUGAGGACUGCUCCUGCCCCUUCUCAGCAGUUUCCCCUGGUGGCCCCUCCUCUUCCUGUCCAGAACGGAGCUCCGACAGGAAAUAAGAUCAUCCAGAUAGCUCCCAUGCCCGUUGUCCAGUCCCAACUUCCUUCAGCCGGGAGUCCGUUCUCUGUAACCAUGGCAACAGCCACAGUGGUUGCCCCAGGCUCUACCCCCUCACAAGCUGUGCUGCUGCCUCCCCCACCCACGAGAAUCACUUACGUUCAGUCCACUCCAGGAGGCCCCUCCCCUAUCCCACUAGUUUCUACCACGACAGGCCCCACCUCUCAAGCAGCUCCUCCCACACCUGUUUCAGCGUAUGUGCCAUCUCCCCUGGCGACCUUCACAGCCAUCGCCCAUCCGGGUCAGACGCUGGUGCAGCCGCUUAUUGCAGGUCAGUCCCCUCUAUUAGCACCAGCCCAGUCACCUAACCCUCACCCCUCCAUCCCUGCCUCGGCCAUCACCGCCAUAUACCCCCCCACCCCCGUCACGCUGGCCGCAGGGGUGGUGUCCGGAGCGACGGUGCCAUCUGGUGUGGUGUACACGGUCUCCAGCCCCUCGAGCCUGUCUCCACACAUCCUCCCCAAACACACUUUAGCCACCUCCGUGACCUCCACCACCCUGGUGCCCUCGGACAGGCAGGGUCACGGCCCGGCACACUCCGAGCGCCAGCCACAUCAGGAGAGAGCGGCGGCAGAAGGGCACAUGUUGUCCCAGACAGACAGACUGGCUCAGGCAGCUGGGAAAAUCAGCAGCAGCAGCUCAACGGCUCCCCCACCUGGCACAUCGCUGCCUCUGCAGCCAAGCAGCCCAGCCCAGCCUUCACAUACAGCUGCUGGUCCAAGCAUUUCUAAACUGCCUCCAGUGCCCACUAGACCUCCCCAGAAGGUAAAGGCCACUGUGGCCAACAUCCCCGUGGGCUGCUACGACGGAGGAGGGCGAGGGAAGGAGAGAGAGAAGGAAAGAGAGAAGGAGAAAGAAAGGGAGAGAGAGAAGGAGAAGGAGAGUGGCAGCUGUUUCUCGUUUGAGGUGGAUAAAGCUCUGGAGACAGUUUCUCCUGCAGCUCCCGCGCUCGAGGACAGGGCCUCAGACACUGAUGCCCACAGUGUGGGUGACGCUGGAGCCCCAAGAGACCGCAGUAAAGAGGCUAAUGCUAAAGAGGCUGAAUGGAAGGAUUCUGCGUCUUCAUCUCCGUUACCCCAAUCAGGAUCAGAUCCUGCCCCGCCCCUUUCACAGUCAGACAAAGAUGCUCCACCUCCCAAAAAGAUCAAGGCACGACCACCGCCCCUCAAACGCCCGUUUGACUCGGUUGACAAGGUCCUGUCGGAGGUGUAUUUUGAGGAGCGGUUUGCGGAACUGCCUGAGUUUCGUCCAGAAGAAGUGCUUCCCUCCCCCACUCUUCAGAGCCUGGCCACCUCGCCCCGGGCCAUUCUGGGCAGCUAUAGAAGGAAGAGGAAGAACUCGACCGGUGAGGGAGAUUUGGACUCGUCCACUGAGGACCCCAUCUCUCCGAAGAGAAAGAGCCGCCGCAGGUCCAGCUGCAGUUCAGAGCCAAGCACACCCAAAAGUGCUGCUAAGUGUGAGGGGGACAUCUUCACCUUCGACAGGCCAGGUACAGAUGGAGAGGAUAUUCUUGGGGAGCUGGAGUUUGAUAAAGUCCCGUACUCGUCUUUAAGAAGAACACUGGACCAGAGGAGAGCUCUCGUCAUGCAGCUGUUCCAGGAGCACGGCUUCUUUCCCUCAGCCCAGGCCACCGCUGCUUUCCAGGCGAGGUACGCCGACAUCUUCCCCACGAAGGUGUGCCUGCAGCUGAAGAUCCGUGAGGUCCGUCAGAAGAUCAUGCAGACGGCCGCGCCUUCGGAGAGCAUUGGGAUUCCAGACCUCGCCUCUUUACCAGGACCUUCAGGGCCGGCGAUCAGCGAGGCAGGAGGAGGAGGGAUGGAGCUUUCUGAGAAGGAGGCGGGGCAAGAGGAGGAGCAGAUAAGCUGCGAGGAGGCCAGGAACGCAGGCGAUUCGCUGGACUCCACCAGAUGAGUUUUGCCAGGCAAGACGAGAGGAACAAUGAAGUUUUUUUUUCAUCAGAAUUCUCCCCUGGUGCAACAUCUGCAUAAGACACACACAUCUGUAAUGCUCUGAGAUAAAGAGUUUGAGUGUGGAGUGAGGGGGAGGCGUCCCGAGGUUACGGGAUUUUGAAACCGAAUUCCACAGUAUUUUUCACGUUGUUGGAAAAAGACGUUUCCAUGCAGAAGGUCACAUUUCCGCAGUCUGCAUACACCCGGGACGUAUUUACGCACAUUUCUACACAACUAAACACACACAUACACACCACUGUUCAUUGUCUUAAAUAUCCACACUUGAACUUCAAGCAUUAUUUUAUCUGCUAAGGCUUCCUUCAGACUUUUGUGACUUAAGUACUUGAGGACUUUGGAGUUGUCGGGUGCGACGGCACGAGGCAACGCUGCUGCCGCAGAAUCGGGACUCACGAGGGCAUCUGUUCAAGACCUAACUGGUCUUUUUCUGUUUUUUUUAAACGUGGCAUAUAUGGAAGUAUCGUUAUGGGCGCGGAUGGUUUCUCCUAGGCUCAUGGUUUACCGCCAGUCAUUGUGAGGCCGGCCUCCUUUGGCUUGGUUUUAGAGAUGAUGAAGACUUAACGGACUAUAUAUUUUGAUAUUUUGAUCAUUUCCUUUCUCUUCCACAGUGUUUUUUUUUUCUUAUGUUUGUUAUUAUUAUUAUAAUUAUUAUUUUUUAAAGACUUUUAUCUGAAGAGCAUUUUGUCAAGGCACUGAUUAUAGCCCAGCGAGGGACUUACUAGCUAGCUUAGCGUGUUAGCACAGCCAUUAGCAAGCUCCUUCUUCCUAUGAUUGGCUGCAGUAAAGGCUGGGAUCAUUCCGAAGCUGCCGGGUUUUUUUUUGUAGGUCAGCCAUGAAGGAAGACGUUACUGGAAGGGAAGAGAGUGCGAGUCAGUCGGUGGGCACAUUUACGGCCAUUCGUUUGGACAGGUGACCUUUUUCCAUAUAUAUAUACAUAAUUAUAUAUAUCUAUAUAUAUAUAUAAAUAUACAGCGACAUAUUUAAUUUGCCAUUUUUUCUCAUUGUGAAAUGAUGCAAGUGAGGAGUCGAGAGGAUGUGGGAAUAUAUUCUUAAGGAUUUAUUAUAAGACAUUUAAUAACUUUUUAAAAAAGAAGAAGCAAAACUUGAUUUUUAAAUCGACUCGUAAAUUUACAUUUAAUUAAUUUUGCAUUACUGUUCUUAUUAAUACUGUUCUUGUGGAUUUAAUCCGUAUAUUCUUACAUACUGUAUUUUUUUCGUCUUGCUUUCCGAGAAUCGGGAGUUCCAGGACAAGAGCAAGAGAGAGAGAGAGAAUAAAAUAAUUAAUUUUACUCCCAGCUCGUCCUUGCGUACUUCCGCAACUCGCAACUUUAAACAUUUCCUUUUUUCUACCCGUAACUUUAGGACCGCUGAGACGUUCUUCUUUUCUCUUUUUUACGUACAAAUAUUAUCAUGAUCAUGUCGUGUCGUCCAGCCCGGUCGUUUAGUUCUAGCUCUUCUCCACUAACAUUCCUCCCCAACUCUGUUCCUUCCUUUUAUUCAUCCUUCCCCCCUCAAUCCUUCCUUCUUUUCUUCCUUUCGUCACUUUAUUGGUCUUUCUACAACUCAAUCACUUUCGGUUGAGAAAAGAGAAAGAGAGAGAGAGAGAGAGAGAGCAGCAAGAGGAGGAGGAGGAAUAGGAAGGAGGCUGGGCGUCUGAUGGUCUGAUUUUUUUAAUCGUGCGAGGCUUGUUCGUGUUGUACUUAGUUCCAGUGGAGUCUUGUGGACUCCACGUCAUAUUAAGGAGCAAAAAUAAAAAGCAUUAUUAAAAAGGUUCAACAGUGCUAUUACAUGAACUGAACGUGUAAAACAAAAGGAAACAAAAAUAAAUGACUAUGAAUAUGAAA